AAAGAAAAAAGAGAAGAGAAAGCGAGCUGUACGUUGUGAGAAAUUGCGAAAUCCUGUGGAUGGGUCAUCAGGAAUGAAGGACAAAUGGAUGGAGGAAUUCAUAUAGAAUAAUACACCCCACUCCCUACACCUCCCCCAAAACAAACAAACAAACACUGAAACAGAGGAAAGUGGACAGAGUGAGACUGUGAGGUGUAAAGUGGACAGAGGACAGACUGUGAGGUGUAAAGUGGACAGAGGACAGGCUGUGAGGUGUAACAGGGACAGAGGACAGACUGUGAAGUGUAACAGGGACAGAGGACAGGCUGUGAGGUGUAAAGUGGACAGAGGACAGGCUGUGAGGUGUAAAGUGGACAGAGUGAGACUGUGAGGUGUAAAGUGGACAGAGGACAGGCUGUGAGGUGUAACAGGGACAGAGGACAGACUGUGAGGGUAACAGGGACAGAGGACAGACUGUGAGGUGUAACAGGGACAGAGUGAGACUGUGAGGUGUAAAGUGGACAGAGGACAGGCUGUGAGGUGUAACAGGGACAGAGGACAGGCUGUGAAGUGUAACAGGGACAGAGGACAGGCUGUGAGGUGUAAAGUGGACAGAGGACAGGCUGUGAGGUGUAACAGGGACAGAGGACAGACUGUGAGGUGUAACAGGGACAGAGUGAGACUGUGAGGUGUAAAGUGGACAGAGGACAGACUGUGAGGUGUAAAGUGGACAGAGUGAGACUGUGAGGUGUAACAGGGACAGAGGACAGACUGUGAGGUGUAAAGUGGACAGAGGACAGACUGUGAGGUGUAAAGUGGACAGAGGACAGGCUGUGAGGUGUAACAGGGACAGAGGACAGACUGUGAGGGUAACAGGGACAGAGGACAGACUGUGAGGUGUAAAGUGGACAGAGGACAGACUGUGAGGUGUAACAGGGACAGAGGACAGGCUGUGAGGUGUAAAGUGGACAGAGUGAGACUGUGAGGUGUAAAGUGGACAGAGGACAGGCUGUGAGGUGUAACAGGGACAGAGGACAGGCUGUGAGGUGUAACAGGGACAGAGGACAGACUGUGAGGGUAACAGGGACAGAGGACAGACUGUGAGGUGUAAAGUGGACAGAGGACAGGCUGUGAGGUGUAACAGGGACAGAGGACAGGCUGUAGUAAUGGAGCCAGCCCAGUGCAUACACAUCCCUGCCGCCCCAGCCUCCAAGAACGAGGUGGUGGAGGUGGCGGUGGUGGAUCCCAUGAUGGGAAUCUAUCAGACGCAGACCCAGGGCCAGGGCCAGGGCCAGGCGCCGAGCUUCAGCCUGCACGUGGUGGCGCAGGAGGGCUGCGUUCAGGCGGUUCCCGGCGCGGUUCCCUCGCAAGGCUCCGGAGAAGGCCAGAGCGGGGCAGGUCCGCUGGAGGAAACCCGACUGCCUCUGAACGUCCCGUUCGCGGAGGUGGCCUCUCUGUUGGACCCGAACAUGAAGAGCUCCAAGGCCCGUAAGUACCAGAUCCUUUACGACGAGGUGAAGAGGAGACUGGAGCCUCCGGAGAGGAUGUCCCUCAGGUCCUUGGCAGCGUACACGCGGGUCAGCAGGGGCCCGGCCAGUAAGAAAACUCUACUGGAGUCUCUCAACAUGUUCGGGCUCUCGCCCAGCACCAACACGGCCGUGUCCAGCUCCUUCUCCAAACUCACAGAAGGUGACACAGCAGCACUCUGCAAAGACAUGAAGGACUUUGCGCUGCAGUAUGUGGACUAUGAGAAUAUGGCAAAACAGCUGCUCCCUGAAACCAACCAGGUCCAGCACUGGUCUAAGAUCAUCGAGACAAGAAACUACCUGGAGGACAUGAGGAAACGCUUUCACGAGCCUGCCAACAGCGUCCUGUUUAACAACGCCACCCACGGCCUGGGCAGCGGCAUGCUCGACGUGGCGCUCGACAUCAUCGACGCCGUCAUCGACCGGCAGAUCCGGAUUCUGUCCGGGAACACCGAGCCCAAACCGGAGCAGCCCGUCCGCAGGGUCCGGAAGCGCGUGCGGAAGCCCAAAGCGCUGGGCGAGGACGGGAAGCCCAAAGAGGGCAAAGGGAAACGGGAGGGGAAGGGGAAGAGGAAAGGGGGGGACGGGAUCGCUCAGAAACAGAUCCGACUGGACCCGCCCAUUCCCGAAGUCGCCCCGCCCACAGAGAUGGAGAGCAGCGUCCUGACGUUGGUUUCCGUUGGUUACGAGACCAUCUCCAGCGGGCUCAACGCCACCAGCGCUGGACUGGCGUAGCGUCCCGAGGACAGGUGCCGACGGCACCGCAGGCACUGAACACGUUCUCUCUUGAAAAGGACACUCUCACUUUUGUACAGUUAGACUUCCCAGUUUCGCUGAAAUCAUCUUUUUCUUUAAGUCACUCAUUUAUUCAUA